AUCAGAUGCCAGAGAGCUGGCCGGGGGCGGGGCUUCCGGCGGGGCGGCUGAGGCGGCGGCGCUCGGAGGGAGCGGGAGCGGCGCCGCCAUGAUCAAGAAGUUCGAUAAAAAGGACGAGGAGUCCGGCAGUGGCUCCAAUCCUUUCCAGCAUCUGGAGAAGAGUGCUGUGCUUCAGGAGGCAAGGCUCUUCAAUGAGACCCCAAUAAACCCACGAAGAUGCCUCCACAUCCUUACCAAGAUCCUGUACCUGCUGAACCAGGGUGAACACUUCGGAACCACGGAAGCCACGGAAGCUUUUUUUGCCAUGACCAGAUUGUUUCAGUCUAAUGAUCAAACCCUCAGAAGAAUGUGUUACCUCACAAUCAAAGAGAUGGCCAAUAUCUCUGAGGAUGUCAUCAUUGUCACCAGCAGCCUCACCAAAGACAUGACAGGAAAGGAGGAUGUCUAUCGAGGCCCGGCCAUCCGAGCUCUGUGCAGGAUCACUGAUGGUACCAUGCUCCAAGCCAUUGAGAGGUACAUGAAACAGGCCAUUGUGGACAAGGUCCCUGGCGUGUCCAGCUCUGCACUGGUGUCUUCCUUGCACAUGAUGAAGAUCAGCUAUGACGUGGUCAAAAGGUGGAUCAACGAAGCUCAGGAAGCAGCUUCCAGUGACAACAUCAUGGUACAGUAUCAUGCUUUGGGGCUGCUCUAUCACCUCAGGAAAAGCGACCGCCUGGCUGUCUCCAAGAUGCUGAAUAAAUUCACCAAAUCUGGCCUGAAAUCCCAGUUUGCCUACUGCAUGCUGAUCAGGAUUGCCAGCAAACUCCUCAAGGAGUCUGAAGAGGGCCAUGAAAGCCCCCUGUUUGACUUCAUUGAGAGCUGCCUGAGGAACAAGCACGAGAUGGUGAUUUAUGAGGCUGCCUCUGCCAUCAUCCACCUGCCAAACUGCACUGCCAGGGAGCUGGCACCUGCUGUGUCAGUGUUGCAGCUUUUCUGCAGUUCUCCCAAACCUGUCCUGCGCUACGCAGCCGUGCGGACCCUCAAUAAAGUGGCCAUGAAACAUCCAUCUGCAGUCACUGCCUGCAACCUGGACCUGGAGAACCUCAUCACAGACUCCAACAGGAGCAUCGCCACGUUGGCCAUCACCACGCUGCUCAAGACCGGCAGCGAGAGCAGCGUGGACAGGCUCAUGAAACAGAUCUCCUCCUUCGUGUCAGAAAUCUCAGAUGAGUUUAAGGUGUGCCAUUGGAGGCCUCUGCUCUUUCCAGCUGCAGCCUCACUGUCCCUGCUUUCCCUUUGCCAGGGUGGCUUUGAGUACAAGAGAGCCAUUGUGGAUUGCAUCAUCAGCAUCAUCGAGGAGAACCCCGAGAGCAAGGAGGCAGGGCUGGCUCACCUGUGCGAGUUCAUCGAGGACUGCGAGCACACCGUGCUGGCCACCAAGAUCCUGCACCUGCUGGGCAAGGAGGGCCCCAGGACCCCCUCCCCCUCCAAGUACAUCCGCUUCAUCUUCAACAGGGUGGUGCUGGAGAACGAGGCUGUGAGGGCUGAAAGCAGAUUCAAGUGGUCCCACGUUGUACUGGCCACAAAGAUCCUGCACCUGCUGGCCAAGGAGGGCCCCAGGACCCCCUCCCCCUCCAAGUACAUCCGCUUCAUCUUCAACAGGGUGGUGCUGGAGAACGAGGCUGUGAGGGCUGCAGUGCCUCAAAACCAAACUUUUGUGCCUUUCUCCUGUGCAGGGCUGACAGUCUCUGUUCCUGGGAUGGAGAAGGCCCUGCACCAGUACACACUGGAGCCCUCAGAGAAACCCUUUGACAUGAAAACUGUUCCCCUGGCUACAGCCCCCAUCUUUGAGCAGAAAGCAGAGAUUGCUCUGGUGACCAGCAAACCUGAGAAAGUGGCUCCUUCACGCCAGGAUAUAUUCCAAGAACAACUGGCAGCCAUCCCAGAGUUUAAGGGCCUGGGUCCCUUGUUCAAAUCCUCAGAGCCAGUGCAGCUCACAGAAGAGGAAACAGAGUAUUUUGUUCGCUGCAUCAAACACGUGUUCCCAGCCCACAUCGUUUUCCAGUUUGACUGCACAAACACCUUGAAUGAUCAGCUCCUGGAGAGAGUGACAGUGCAGAUGGAGCCAUCAGAUGGUUAUGAUGUGAUCUGCUGCAUCCCAGCUCCCAGCCUGGCCUACAACCAGCCUGGCAUGUGCUACACCCUGGUCAGGAUCCCCCAGGAUGACCCCACUGCAGUUGCUUGUACCUUCAGCUGCACCAUGAAGUUCACGGUGCGGGACUGCGACCCCGGCACGGGGGUGCCAGAGGAGGAUGGCUAUGAGGAUGAGUAUGUGUUGGAAGACUUGGAGGUGACAGUGUCUGAUCAUCUCCAGAAGGUUCUAAAGCCCAACUUUGCAGCUGCCUGGGAAGAGGUGGGAGAUGACUUUGAGAAAGAAGAAACCUUUGCACUCAGCUCCAUCAAAACCCUGGAUGAAGCUGUCAAUAACAUCAUCAAGUUCCUGGGCAUGCAGCCCUGUGAGAGGUCAGAUAAAGUGCCAGAAAACAAAAAUUCUCACACCCUCUACUUGGCUGGUGUGUACAGAGGUGGCUGUGACGUGCUGGUCAGGUCCAGGCUGGCACUUGGGGACGGUGUGACCAUGCAGGUGACAGUCAGGAGCAAGGACGAGGCGUCCGUCGAUGUCAUCCUGGCUUCCGUGGGCUGAGACUUCCAGCAGUGCAGUUCCUGGAACUGCCCCUUUUUCCUGGCUGUCCUUCUGCAUGGCAUUUUUAUUCCUCAAUUUGGGAAAUCUUUUCUAUGAUGUCCAUUAGUGGCUGGCUGGUACUGAGCCAUUCUUUCCCACGUCCUUUCCCUCGUUGUCACACCAUUCCUACCUGACUUAGGGCAUCUCAACCAGGGAAGAUAAAAGAUCUGAGAAAACUGAAUCAGAUUUUUGUCAAAAUUGCUUUUUAUUAACAGAAAAUAAACACUGGUUCAAGUGGUGGAAUUCAUAUGAAUUACUGUUAAUAAAAUAGAAUUUUUUUGUUCUAA